AUGGUAUCCAAGCUUGAUACUGUUGUAUCUUUAGGGAUAGCGCUUGCUUGCGCAGCAGCCCUCAUUGUUGGCUCUAUACAGUUUAAAAACGGUCUUACCGACGUCAACUCAAAUAUUGAAGCGCUGGAUACCCUUCCCUACAACCCAUCAUAUGUAAUCGAAGAAAACGCACAAACCCACAGCGGCAAUGAAAUUAAAACUGCUUGGAAAGAGGCAGGCGAGGAAUUCUCCAACCCAACGAUUGCACAGAUGUCUUUCCAAACUAGCAUGCAGCCUCAUGACCCUGGCAUCCUAGCAGAUCUCGUUGUCGUAGGUACUUAUAUGGGCCGCAGUAUAUAUCGCUAUAGAGGCCUUAUAAGCGAUGUAAGGAUCGACAAGAUAUUAAAACCCCUAGCCGAUACCUCAAAGUUAGCAAUCAGAGAAGGAAAAAAAGAGCCAAGUACAUAUAAGAUACCCCCUCUUAAUCUGCAGGUAGGAAACGUCAUCAAGAUCUACACCGAACUUGCUCUUCGAGCUACGCAUAGCGGCAACAAAGAAAUAGCGACAUGUCCUAUUGUUUCUUCACCAUAUACAGAAUCGAGUUAUUUUCCUCCGCUUAGACCAAAUAGACAGUAUCUAUUUUGUCUAAGCUAUGCACCAAAAUCCAACGCCACUAGCGCAGACACGGCAAGAUUCAGAAUUGUUCCAAGCCUCUACGAAAGAAUCCCCAUUUCAAACGCAAAAACUUUUGAGCCAAACAUCUUUUGUGCUAACCUUCCGACAAGAGGCACCGCAAAAAGCGGCACAGCAAAACCUUUCGGUGUUGACUCACCAGAUGUACCUAAUGAGGAGUUCAAUCGUCGCUAUCAGAAAGCAUACGAAAAGAUACCAAAAUUCACCUAUCACGAAGCAGCUAACAUUGAUUUCUUCGUUGACUCUCCCAGAACCGAACAGCCCUAUCGUGGCACAGCGACAAAAAUAUUUCAAAAGUAUUUAUGUUCUGCUCUUAUAAAACAAAACUCUUCUACAGAAAAAAUUAAAAAUUGUUCCCAAAAGGCAUCGUAG